UUUUUCAAUUUACGCCAUUUGUCGGAUCAUGCUGUCAAAAUGCAGUCGGACAAUAAGAUUCACGUUGAUGGCUUGAAGACGCAACUUCAUAAGACUUUCUCUUUUCUCCAACAAUGUAGAAGUGGAAUACAAGAACUAGAUAGUAAAGCAUUGCCAUGCAUAAAAACAAUAGCAAACCUUACAGAACAGUUUCAGUGUUGUACUGGUGUCAGUGUUUCUGAUCUGCCAUCUAAGGUUGACUUUUGUGAAGUGAAGCAGAAAUUACUGUUCAAAAUAUCAUCAGAAAUAAACGAAAAUGUCAGCAAACUUCACUUGCUACUUUGUAGAUAUGGGGAAUACAGUGAUGGUAUAGGAAGACAUUAUGAUAAAUGCAUGUCCAGAUGUGCUAAAUGUAAUGCUAGUGAGGACUUAUCCAAACUAUUAGAGAGAUCACCAUUGUAUCCAUCAAUGACAGAUAUGCUACAAUGGAUUGAGAUAACAGAAAGGUUAAUAAGGGAAGCAUACCUAUGUAAAAAAUUUAUUAUAGACACAUAUACACCUGAUCUGCCUGCAAUAUCUGAUAGAUUGGAAUCAUCCUGGACAGCUGGGGAUAAAGAAUUGUAUAAACAAAUUGAUGAAUACUUAGCUCUAACAAGAAAUUUUGUGGAGUUGAAAGUGUCAUGAAAUCUUCUGUACAGUAAUGUGGAAAAACUUUGCAAGCUGCUGUCUUAGAGCACUGACCAUCACUUUUGUGUAGAUUUCCAGUAGUUUAUGAUAUUUGGAUGUAUCAUUGCUGUUAGCUGGAUUUUACUGGACUAGUGAUUCGAGAAUGAGAAAACUACAAUGUAAAUAAAUAUAAAUUAUAAUCAUUAAUGAAAUUCCUGUUUAUAUUAUCUGGGUUUUUUUUUUUAAACUAGACUUUUCUCAGUAUACAAAUUGACUUUAAGAAUUGCUCAGAAAGUCUAUAAAACAGUGUGAAAGACAACUGAAAACACAUAUACAUGUAGUUGACUGUUUAAACGAGUGAUUUUAUUGUUGCAAUUUGGUUCAAAUACAAAAUGUACUGGUAUAAUCUUUUAAAUCUUUUUUUUUUUUUAGAAAACUUUUGACAUUUUUAUUCUUACUGUUUACAUGAAGGAAUGUAUGGAAAUGAAAGCAAUAUUUUGCUUAUAUUUUAGAACAUUGUUAAUUAUUUGUUACUAACAGCACUGCACAUUAAAUACAUUACCUCUUUA